AGCGGAGGAGAGGAAAGGGUUGACCCUGACCAUCAUUGCCAGAAAGCUUCAAUGAGAACUCCAGCUUCUUCUCAUGUUUGCUGUCUUGCCAAACUCUUUCUUCUUCUAGCAAGCAAUCCUGGACCUUUGCUGUGGAUCCAGCUAUGGUGAGUGAGGAGGAGGUUUACUCGGCCUGAUGUGAAACAGCCUGCAAAAGAGGAGAGAAAGAGGUUCACGCCUCCCUGUCACCUCUGGGAAGAUGUGGACAGCAGACUCUUCCUCACUCGUUCAGUUUGCAGCCUGACUUGUUUGAGGAGUCGGAACCUUUGUUGUGAAUCUGGCUAUGGCGAGUGCACAUAGAGCUGUGCUUGCUGAAGUGAUUGGCACUUCCUUGGCUGCUGCACCGGCAAUAAAUGUGCACCGUGAAGAUAUCGUCUACGGGACAAAAGCUGUGUGGUCGAGACCUGCAGCUUGGCCCAGCCAUAGCAAGCAGUUGAGGCAAGUUCGCGGAAUCUGCUGCUGCUGCAGCAGCAGCAGCAGCGCAGGACAAGGAGAUGGUGCAAGGGGUGAUCUCCCUCGCUUGCACACCCCUCCGCUAAGCACUUCUAUCAGUGGUGUCGCUGAUGGUAGAUGGAGGAAAGAUGAGGAAGAUGAUGGGCAGAGCCACUUAUUGGCCGCAUGUGUUGGGGCAAUCACCCUCAUUGCAGCUGCAUCAGGGUCCCUCCUGGUGCCUCAAACAGCUGGGACACACAGACAGAAGGAGGCCUGGACUCGACAGGCCGCUGUAACUGCCCCGUUUGCAAGCAUCAGCUUGUCUGGCGCAGGUACCAUUGUAAAUAGGAAAGCAGCCUGCCAAGGUAGGGGAAACUCUAGCAGGCAGAUGCCUGGAAAUGCAGAGGAUGCCUUGGGGGCUGCGCCGUGUGCAAUCCAGAGUUCACCCCAUUCUGAUACGACUUUGAAUAGGGAAGAUGGGGGUAUGGCAAACUCUGCAGAGGUGUUUGGUGCAAAUGAGGACAGCAUAGAAGGCUCAGAACUCGCAGCCAACAGUAUUAUGGGUGGAUUCGCUGAUGAUACGGCCAACACGGGAGAGGCAAUAGAUCAGAGAGAUGGAGGUGAAGUGGCUGUUGCUGCAUCAGAUUCCAGAGAGGAGACUGCAGUUGUUGCUGACAUGGAGGUGAUGACACAUGUGACAUCUGGUCAACAGCAGCAACAGCAGCAGCAGCAGCAGCAGCAGCAGCAGGAGGAGGAGGUGGACCAAGUGGAUGAAGAGGAGGAGCGGAUGCUUCGUGAGUGGCAGUCGAAGCCGAUCCCAUUGACGGUCCCUCUCCGCAUCGUUGGCCUGAGAGACUCCGUCCCUCUCGUCUGGCUGCAGGAAUUUGGUCAGUGCCAGUCUAAAAGGGCUAGAUACUCGUUGGAGUCUAGAACUGAUCUCCAUGGCAUCAUGAAAGAGCUCCAAAGUGCCAUGAAGGAGAAAAAAAUCGGUCCCAAGUCAGUGAUGGCUGCCGAUCUUGUCACAAUCGGGGAUUCCUUUCUUCCGAUGGCUAUCCAGGAAGGCCUUAUCGACCCCAUUCCUUCUGCGGAACAAUCACAAUGGUUUCAAAGGCUUGGUUCCACAUGGCAAGACAUAUGUCGCUGCUCACUCAGCACUGCUGGGCAAGAUGGCCCCAAUAAGCAGCAGCACGAUGGUUCAGGACAUGUUUGGGCAGCGCCUUAUCGCUGGGGGUACACAGCGAUCGCCUACCGUAUUGACAAGUUUGAUCCACCGAACAUGGAGUCCAAAGAGGGGAAGGGGUUCCUAGGGUUGUUGGGCAGGAAAAGGCCCUCUCGCCCGGGGGGCCAUGUUCCUUUGGACUGGUCAGACCUGUGGCGCCCUGAGCUGAAGGGAAGAGUCGCGAUGGUGAAUUCUCCUCGUGAAGUGAUUGGAACUGUGCUAAAGAGCCUUGGGGCUUCAUUCAAUACUGUUGACUUUCAGAGGAAUGUGGAAGGCGGAAGGUCUGCCGUGGCGAAAAGGUAUGCGCUGUUGCGGGAGCAGGUCCGGUUGUUUGACAACCAGUACUACUUGAAGGCUCUUGCAGCUGGAGAUGUUUGGGUAGCUGUUGGAUGGUCGAGCGACCUCAUCCCUCUGGCUCAGCGCUCAUCAGAUUGGGGUGUGGUCGUCCCUUUGUCGGGAACGUCGUUGUGGGCUGAUCUUUGGGCUGUCCCAUCUGCAACGAAGAUAAAAAGCGAUAAAGUGGGCGGUCGGACCCGUGGGCCAUCACCUCUGGUAGGUGAGUGGUUGGACUUCUGCCUGCAGCCUCAGCGCGCUCUUGCAUUGAAACUGGAACUUGCGUCCGCUUCCCCUCUUCUCUUGCCCCAGGCACCAGAUAGAGUGCCCACUGCUCCAGACAACAGUGACGCUCCCUCUCCCUCUCCAAUCGACGAGAAGGUUCCCAUAAUUUCAGAGCCUGUCAUCGGGGGGGAAGUGGUACAGAUCACCAACUAUGAUGCAGAAUAUCCGUUGCGGCACGAAGAAAAAGAUUCCACUGCUAAUUCUUUGGCAAGCACUGUCAGAAGGCAGGCUAAGUUGGAAAACCAGAAGGACCUUGUGCGGUCUUCAAGCAAUGGCUAUGGUGGCAACAGCGCUGAUCGUGGGUUUGCUGACGCGCCGGAGGGUGGUAUUUACGAAGUCGAAGAGCAACGAUUUGCAGCCGAAGAAGGUUAUGUUCAAACCGCCAGUGGGAAUGGCGAUGCAGAACAGCCAGUGGUCUUUGAAGAACAGAAGUGUCUGAAAGGCAAGCAAGCAAAGCAACCUAUGACAGGAACACUGCUGGGCCGCAGUUCAGCCGUCCGUUUUCCUACGAAUCUGGUGGAUGGCAUGGUUCCCACGGAUAUUGCGUUGAGUAGCGAGUUUCUGCGACCACUGUCUGAACAGCAAGUAGAAGACUUCAGAUGGCUUCUUGAACAGACAUCCACCGACGAGAAGAAGAACAUUGCUCGCUGGGCAAGGGACAGUCUACAACACCUUGGACAGUGGAUGUCAAGGCAGAUGCCAUUCAUGAAGAAUUCGUGUGGUAGCCUCCAGGAGGGAACGGCAUUGCCGGAGGGGUGGCAGGAGUUGUGUGGGAGUGAGAGGGGCGGCAGUCCAGCCUGGUCUCGUGGGAAGUUGCUGGGAGCUGGCGGUUUCGGGACUGUCAAUCUCGCUGUGAUGAAGGACACGGGACAUGUGUUUGCAGUGAAGUCUGUGAAAUGCAACGGUGGGGACAAGAGGCUUGUCGACGAACUGAUAUCGGCUUUGCAUAAUGAGCAUCAGAUAAUGGAAGCACUCUCCUCUCCGUACAUUGUGAAGUGCCUUGGUUCAGACCGGACGUGGGAAGACGGAAGUGAAAUGCAGAACCUCUUCCUUGAGUAUGUUCCCGGCGGAAGCAUUGUUGACGUGAUGAAGAAGCUAGGCGGAAAGCUGUCAGAGCCUCUGGUUCGCUGGUAUACCCGUGGAAUUCUCAAGGGUCUCCGAUAUCUGCAUCGAGAAGCAAACGUCGUGCACGCUGACAUCAAAGGCCAGAAUAUUCUUGUUGUUUCUAGCAAGUACUACGGGAUUCCGCGUCUCCGCUCAAGUGGCAAAUCCAUCGAGCGCAAAGAGAGAGGGGGUUGGGUCUUAGAGUCCAGAGUCCCGAUCCUGAAGGCAGCUGGCCUGGAUGAUGAAGCGAUCGUGAAGCUGGGCGAUUUCGGGGUUUCAAAACGAGUGGGCGACGACAUGAUCAACGGCCGGGACUUUCUGUCCAUCCGCCGUUCGACUAGCCUGAAAGGAACCGUCUAUUGGAUGGCCCCGGAAGUAGUUCGGCAGGUAGAGCAGGGGCCUCCUUCUGACAUAUGGUCGCUCGGUUGUACCGUCAUCGAGAUGGCCACUGGGAACCCUCCUUGGGCAUUCACUGAUCCUGUUGUGGUCUUGUACCAAUUAGCUUAUGGUGACAAACUUCCUGAGCUUCCUGGCAAUCUGUCACCGACUGCAAUGGACUUUCUGCGCAAGUGUUUGGUCCGGGACCCAUCGGCACGGUGGUCAGCUUGUGAACUACUUCAACAUCCCUUUGUCAUGGAGCCCCUCGUACCUCCUACCCCUCGCCCUCUCAAACUGAGAAUACGAUUUAAAGACGGUUCACAACCACCACGGGUGCCAGGUGCAGUGCUUCAUGUUGACUGUCAUGGGCAAUCGGGCUCGGUGAAGAACAGGCCAUCUAGCAAUCGAAGCGUUGGGUCAGCAGGGAUUCCAGCCCUGGUGAGAGACGAGGAAGCUAGAUCUCUUCAUGGGUUUGUGGCAACGAAUGCGUGCCUCAGUCAGUGGGUGACGACAAGUGGAAACUGUCACUGGGAGAUUUCCAGCUUUUUGCUCUUUUGCAAAAUGUCGUUGCACUCUUGCUCGCAUAUCCUCAAGGAAAUAGAACUCGUAAGGAUGCCGCGGCCUGUGCACCGAGUAGAUGAAGUCAAAUGCCGAGGGAAAGAUUAUUAUCCCACUCCUUGCCUCGACGUUAUGCGCAAUGACGAGAACAUGCCUGAGGAUGUCGUCCUCCAGCAGGAACGGAAGGCUGCAAUUUCUGGGUAUGUGGGGUUCGGAGAGGGGUGUGUCCAACCCUGUAAAUCCUGUAAGGCUGGUGAUGGCUGCGUUUCGAAUAGCUUGGCAUGGAUGUGGGGUUUCUUAUUAGUGGGAGGGGCUGCACCAGCCGUAAGUCAGGCAGCGCCACAUGGACCUGACAAUCGCAGGAACGGCGAUUUUUGCAACUUCGAAAGCUGUACUGGUCGCCCCUCUCCUAGUUCUUGCGGACCAGAAAGCGGUCUGUCCGAUACCGACCAAAGCGAUUCACUAUCAGCCGCAGAGACAAGCGAAGCGCGAACCGGAAAUGAGGCAACAGACGACAGCAAGUGUCCGUGGGGACUGGUAACCAAUGUGCCAGAGGCUGACCCAAGUAAGUCCAUACCAGCCAUGGAGAAUCGUGGUGAUCGAACUGGGGGGGGCAUGGAGACGGAGGAUGGUGGCAGGUGCGAAGCUGCUUAUUGUGCAGAUGAUGCCUGUUCGGUCGUCAGUAUCUCGGAUACUUCCGGUAGUUGCGGACUGAGCAGUUCGCCAAUCCAGAACCAGCAUGCGAGUGCAGGGGAACAGCAGAUAGUUUCGAGUACGGAAGGCAUGGGAUUCAGAGAUGCAAGAUCGGCACUUCUUGUCCGGGCUGCGUCGUGGACACAGAUAUUUCGGGUAUGGGGUUUAUGGCCUUAUCAGAAUGUCUUGCUCCGGUGGGAAUGUGGUGAGAAGGCUUUGAAGUUAGAUGCAAGAUUUCCUGCUGAUUCUCGGGGCCCUCUGGUAACUGGUACCUGAUGUGCUGAGGGGUUUCUGCCGGGUGGCUGUGCCCGUUGACUUGUCUAAUCGUGUGAGUGCUUUGUCUUGGAUUGCAGUUGCAGUGGGCUUUGCCAUAGGAAAGGUCGGGGGUGCGAGUGGAAGAACUGCCAGGGUGUCAUCUGCACUUGAACCGAAUCGUUCAUGAGGUAAGUAGACAUGGUCCUGCUUGCUUCAGGCAGUAAAUGGGCCUUUCUCCACUACUCACCAAGUUCGGGAUCGUCUCCCCUGCCAAAAAGGCUAAGCGAGGUCGGUGGCCUCAGGUGGGUUUCAUCGUUGCUUUUCAAUGCACAAGGCGCUACCACGACACAAAUUUCUUCAUUAUCCUCACCAGGUUCAGCAUCGACUCCCCUCUACCAAAAAGACUCAUGGAUGCCGGUCGCUUCAGGAGGGUUUCAUCGUUUCUGUUCCACGCACAAGGUACUUCCGCUACGCGACUUUCUUCCUUCCAAUCGGAAUACAGAGAUUGACAGUAGUUUGCAGUCCAGGAUGCACUUGACUCCCACCUCUACCGUCUUCCCCCGAACACAACGUGCCCUCAAUUUGUCUGCACCGAAACCGGGAAGAGCUUGUGUACAUUUGUUGUCAGGAUGCGUUGUGUGUGGGAGAAGGCAGUAGUUGGGAAGGGAUGGAAGGGAUGAAUGGAGAGGAAGGAGGGGCGAGCCUGUCGCCAAUGAUUGCAGGCAGGAUGCUGCGGACCGAAGAAUGUGCUAUUCCUCGUCGGUGACGAGGUUGUGGUACUCCUUAUCCUCAAGAUCCACAUGGCUCUUCUUUAGAGCUUGUUUUCUCAUUCAAAUGUGUGCAUGCACACCCUCCAGGAAGAUUUAGGGUUUGUCUGAUAAAUGCUGCUCAGUGUG